AUGCAAUUUAGGCCGCUCAGCUCCGCUGCUCAUCUGCUGGCAACCGAGCCAAAGUUUCUGCCCAUCGACGAGAGAGGGCCCUUGGACAUCGAGUCGCCGGAAGGUCAUUGUACGCCAGUCCGUCUCUGCCUUCCGAAAUUCAGAACUUUCAUGUGGAUCAUAACAAAUGUCCUGUCGACAGUCUUGAUCGUUUUCACAAACAAAUCAAUCUUCUCCCAUGAAUCUUUCCGAAAUUGCCAAAUGGCAUUUACAUCGUACCAUUUCUCCGUCACUGCAAUCACCUUAUACAUCAUGUCUCGCCCAUCUGUCGGUGCUUUCACCGCCAAGUCACUGUCAAUCCCCCAGACUCUGCUCCCUGCUGGCCUAAUGUGUCUGCAAAUUGUCUUCCAGAACGUUUCUCUGGCAUACUCAUCAGUCAUCUUUCACCAGCUCGUCCGCCUACUAUUGACGCCUGCAACAGCACUAUGCAAUCUCGUUCUUUUCCAGUCACUGAUUCCGAGAACAACGAUUAUCCCGCUGGUGAUUAUGUGCCUCGGCGUCGGCGUCGUUGUUUACUUUGACUCGGUCGCGAACGCCGACAACUCGAAGAUGACUUCUCCCACAGGCGCAUUUGCUGCCGUCACUGGGUUAUGUGCUAGUGCGGUAUACACUACAAUUGUGGGCAGCUAUCAUAAGAAGUUUGAAGUCACCAGCAUGCAGCUCCUGCUCAAUCAAGCAGCGCUUGGAUCCCUUAUGCUAUUGUGCUUUGUGCCUUUCUUUGAUACGUUGCCGCGAUUGGACGACAUCUCCACGUCCCUCGCUCUAUCCAUAUUGCUCAGUGGGAUCUGCGCAUUUCUAGUUAAUCUGUCCAUGUUUUAUGUGAUCGAUGCCACGGGGCCGGUCAGUAGCACGGUUAUCGGGCACCUGAAAAACUCGAUUGUAAUUGCUUUGGGUUGGGUGUUGAGUGACCAGAUAAUUUCUCGUCAGAGCCUCGGAGGAAUAGCGAUGGCUUUGAUCGGGAUGACU